UGAAAACUGAAAACGAUCGCAAACUCUCUCUACAAAAAGAAGAGAAAUAUUUGCAGUAGUGAUAAAACUGAAGAUAGGGACCUGCAGUUUUGGAAGCGCGCGCACACAAACCAAACCAUCGAUGACAUCAGUGGAGUGUGAGAGGGGUAGCCCAGCCCCAGCCCGGCCCUUCUUUAAGAUCACCACCAGCCCCCAUUGCCCUCUCUCUGCUGAUCGGUUCUUUCCGGGAGGGAAGCGUCGGGUCCUGUGUCCUGUCAGGCUGGCUCUUGACAUGUUCAGAUCCAAGGUCCAGGAGAUGAUUGAGGAGGAAGUCCAGGUCCAUGAACGGCGCCGGCGCCGGCUGCGCGCAGCACGUCGGCAACUCGUCCACGGCUCCAUGCGACGGCGGCAAGGGUGCUUCUGCUGUUGCUGCUUGUGCUCCGUCGUUCGCCGCGCCGAGACUGCUGCACUCGUCGUCCCUCCCCGCCGGCGGCCGCGCCGCGGUCGUCACCGGGAGUCCCGUGCGGGACGCCGAGACGAUGUUCGCCUACGCCAUCAGCCCGACCUCCGUGCUGGACGCGUCGGCGGCCUUCGGCUCGCCAGGCCCGGCCGUGGACGCCGGAGGGGGCAAGCGCCGGCCGUGGUGCGACGGGUGCGCGGGGCCACACGGGCUCGCUGACGUGCUGGACUGCGCCCACGAGGCCCAGCGGAGGAAGAGCGUCCUCCGGGGCGCCGUGAGGGCGCAGGCGCCGGCCCUGGUGCGGUCGUCCUCCCUGGACCGGCGCGUGGAGUUCGGCGUCAAGAACAAGAGCUCGUGGCUGCCGCUGCGCGCCUCCCGCGCGGCAGCGGAGGACAACGACGACGGGCCGUCGUCGGAGGACUACACCUGCGUCAUCUCCCGCGGGCCCAACCCCAGGACGGUGCACAUCUUCGGCGACCGCGUCGUGGACUCAUCCGCUUGCAGGUGACUACAACGGGAAAGAGCUACACUCCCACCAGCGUAGCGUACAGCUCAUCCGCGGAUCUCCUGUGGACUGUCAUGGGUCUGAUAGGUGCAUCAAACAUGCCGAACCAGGCCGUCUCCCAGUUAUUAACCCGAGCCUCAAUGCACAAGAUGCCGGUGAAAAAGAACACAAGCGAGAGGACAAGGAAGGAAUGUAUUUAGAAAAUUGUCAGAGUAGGUUCGGCUACCAUUUUUCGUGUGAUCCCAUGACAUGGUGACUGCUUACGCUAGCCGCUUCAGUUGAAAUGCCGCGAUGUUUUUUUUUUUUGGUAAAUCUGUGAGCUGUGACUUGGAAUGUUGAGUUUGUCCUAUGCAAA